UCGAGGCAAUAGGGUCCGCCAGGAGCCUAGGUUAGUGGUGGGGAGAACUCAUGGUCGGGGCCUGUUGUCCCGUCCGAGAUCCCAACGUAGCUUCAGUCGCUCAUAAGAGAUCGAUCAAUCGGGUUUACCGAGUAGAAACGUCGGUCUUAGUAGGAUAACUGUAAAUCUACAGUAUACAUAUAAAGAGAGAGAGAGAGAGAGAGAAGGAGAUAUAUAGAUAGAAAGAAAGAAAGAGAGAGAGACAGUGUGUACAACGAACAUUUCUUUUGGACAGAGAAGAAUAUUUAAGAAUGUUUCGUCGUAGUGUUAUUUGUCGUUAGCAUGGAGUAGUGUUACUUCUUUUUUUUUAUUUCUCUCUUCGAUCGUUGCUCGAAUAAUUAAAAAAAAAAAAAGAAAGAGAGAGAGAGAGAGAGAUAAGGAAAGGACUCCAAGUUUCGAGAAAAAUUCUCGAACUUCAAUUUAAUUGUGCUACCAUGUACGUCGGGACUUUGAGUUUGCUUCGUUGAAGAAUUCUUUUUUUGUUGUUUUUGUCUUUUUUUUUUUUUUUUUCUUCAAUUAUCAUCACCAACAUCACCGUCAUCGUCGUCGUCGUCGUCGUCGUCGUCGUCUCGCUCAAGUAGUAUCUCUACUAUUUCUCGGACUUCGCGACAGUGUAUAUAUAUCGUAUAUACGUGUUAUACGAUAUCGUUUUGUCGUGGUACUAUUGUGGUUUCUUUCUUUUCUUUUUCUUCUUUCUUUCUCUUCUUUUUCGUCUUCGUCUUCGUCUUCUUCGUUGAAUCUAUCACGCCGACCGAAGAAAAAUAUCAACCGUAAAGAUUGAUUAUCAAGAGUUUGACGAGAGAAGAACGUGUUGGAUUUUUACAUCAAGUUGUAAAAGAGAACUAUUUCAUUGUUACUAUUUGCCAGGAAACGGACAUACGUAAAUAGUGGUGGAAAGGAAAGAAAAACAGAAAAAGAAAAAAGAUUCGGUGACCUUGACAGUCCUGGAAGGUCAUCGACACAGUUGGUUUGGUGCCGCGAUACCAAAAUAGGAAUCGUGGUGGGUGAUUUCAAAUAGUGUUUAGUGUAUAAAUAUUAUUCGACUUUAGAUCGGUGUUUAUUGUCCGUUAUACGGGCUGACAUUCAACAAGUAAAGAUGCCGAAGAUUUUUCUUAUUAAAAAUCGACUUCACCAGCAACAAUUGAGACUUCUCGAAGCUCAACAUGUUGGGAAAAGUCCUUCACCUUGCAGCGGUAAAGAGAGUCCUCUUGGUAGCUCGGAACCUCUCAGUUUAAUCGUUAAUAAACAUCAAUAUCGCGAUAAAACUGAAGAUGAUCGUGCUACUACUCCGGAAUCAUUAAGGAGCAGUAGUCCAGUACCAUCUCCACCACCGGUACCAUGUCAAUCGACGAACAACACGCCGUCGAGCACACCACCCAGACGUUUUAUUUCAAGUAUCCUUGGUGGGGAUGUACCAUAUGGAAGCAGAGGUCACGUAUUAACCCGCGCCGAACGAAAGGAAUACAGUACACCACCAAUUAUUCCCACACCCUCCGGAGAUGCUCCACAAUUUCUAACAAAAUCAGAGAAACUCGUAUUACCGAGGCCACCUACCCCACCGAAGGUCCCACGUGUCGAACCACCGACCAGAGUUUCCGUGAUUCAGAGGGUACCGCAUCAGAGUCAAGGUAACUCCAGAAGGGAAGAGAAGAUCGAAGUUCCUCAAAGUCAGGAGCCUGAGCAGGAACAACCGAUAGAUUAUGCCGUUCCAAAAAGAAAAGAAGAGGACGACGAAAGAGGCCGCGAGACCGCAAAAGUAUCACGCACCAUAUGUAAUUCCAUUGCUAGACCAUUAUUGGCAAUGAGGCUUUCCGGGCCGCAAAUCGUUCACACAGCCGCAGGACUUGGUAGGACCUCGAAUUCUGGCACGAAUAAUGGUUCUACCAGUUCGAAUUCGAGUUCUAGCGCUAGUAAUUCGUCUUCCUCGGCUUCGUCAUCAUCCUCGAACACGGGUAAUUCAUGCAGUUACUCAGGAGGUGGUACGUCCGGAGGAGGUGGUGGUACUGUGGGUGGUGGAGCUGGAGGGGGUGGAAUGAAUCCAGGUGGGAAUGGGGGUCGUGGUAAUUAUGCUCCAAGUUCACCACCUACUGGUUCUUUACCACCGUUCUACGAGUCCCUUAAAGGUGGUAACAACCUAGCCAAUUUCGCCAACCAAUAUACGACCAGUCAAGGUAACAGCUACCUCACGCCAACACCAGCGAUAGGCAUGGAAUGCGAUACGGGACAACAAGACGUAAACUCGCAACACGCUCAGUACAGCGCUCAGGAAGGGAAACAAUACUCGUUACUUCAAAAUGUUUGCGCGUCUUACGGUUUGGCAUUGAAGGAGGAAGAGGAUCUAUCCGCUUAUAAGAUUCAACCUAAUGAUUUAUUAUCUGGUCAAUAUGGCGCAUACGACGUUACGGAAAAUGGAAUGAUGGUCGACAUGGUGACCGGUGCCGUUGUCGAUCCAUUGCAAUUUACAGCUACAUUGACGUUCAGCUCGCCGUCCGAUCAUACGGCAUUGUUGGAAAGUCUGAACGAUGCAGCCGAUUUAUUUUUACCUAAAUUACAAGCCGGAGAUGGAGGUAACGAUUUACUCGAGGACUCGUUACAUUCGCCAGCCUCCGCUGGGAGCGGCAUAGUUCAGGACGCAGGUCAAAUGACCACGCCCGUAGAACCCAGCGUAGACCCUUUUCCUGAGCACAGUAUAGCCUUAACGAGAGGUUUCGAUGCAUCAAGGCAUUACAAUGGAACGCCGCAACAUUUUAAUACAAAAUUAGUUGGCCUCUCAUAUGCCACCGGCGAAGCCGGUUAUCAACCACUCGCUAAGGAACGUCCAGAACUGGCGUUACAUUUAAAUCAAAGUCAUCAAAACCAAUCGGAACCUCAGUUGCAACAAUUGCAAAUUCAAGUACAAUUGCAACAACAUCAGCAACAGCAGCAACAGCAACAACAACAACAACAACAACAACAGAACAAUAUGUCGCCUCAUCAUUCGCAGCAGCAUCAGGGAUUGUUGAGUCCUGGUCUUAGUUUUGUUGGUAGUGGAUUGGAAUUAGAUUCCGGUAGCAGCGUUGGAGGAAGUUUACCAAGUCCCGGUGCUACGAGUUGUUCGUUGGACGGUGCAUCUACCAGUACUUCUCCGUCAUGUGCGUUAAUGGAACAUGCUCCCAGUCCACCAAUUGGCGUAUCGAACGGUGUGAAUAACGGUCAAGUUAAUGGACAAGUUGCUGAACCGCCUCUAUCCCAACGGGUCGGUGUACUACAGCAAAGGUUGGGAUUGCCAGGUGAUUGUCAAUUAGAAUUCGUUAAUGGCGGUCAUGGUAUCAAAAAUCCAUUAGCUAUCGAAGGACAAAGACAGGCUACUACAAGUCGUGAGGAGGAUAGAGCAGCUCGACCAACAUCCGGAAAGGAGGAUGGACCAAUACGAUUCACCUGUCGCGUUUGUAGCAAACAGUUCAAUUUACAACGGCUCUUAAAUCGACAUAUGAAAUGUCAUAGCGACGUUAAACGGUACCUUUGUACAUUCUGCGGUAAAGGAUUCAAUGACACCUUCGAUCUAAAAAGGCAUACAAGAACGCAUACAGGUGUGAGGCCGUACAAAUGUAAUCUAUGUGAGAAAAGCUUCACCCAAAGGUGCUCCCUCGAAAGUCAUUGUUUGAAGGUGCACGGAGUACAACAUCAAUAUGCUUACAAGGAAAGACGUACCAAGGUCUACGUAUGCGAAGAAUGCGGUCACACCACGCAAGAACCGGAAGUGCAUUAUCUUCACCUGAAAGACAAGCACCCCUACAGUCCAGCUUUACUUAAAUUUUACGAUAAACGCCACUUCAAGUUUACGAACAGCAAUUUCGCCAACAUGUUGCUACAGGGUGGCAUGCUACAACGAGACUCACGGAUUUCGGAAAGCUGCGUUAAAUCAGCCUCGAAGACCUUCGAAAAACCACAUCAGCGUGCUACCUUGUUACAUUUGGGUCGAGCUUCCAGUUUCUGAAAGGGAGUUUCCAGAAGUGUCAGACAGAAGGUCUCGACGCAACCACGUGGGAACAUAUAAGAAGAAAGACAACACAAAGGCUAAGAGAAAUUAUCAAAACAUCGCGUUUUUUGCGAUGUCGCGCGAAAGAGAAAAAAGAACGAACAAAAAUUAGAAACAAUUUAUAUAGAUAUUUUUAAUAGUUCCGACAUUCUAUACACACCGUGCGUAUUAUAAAGAUUUAUUUUCUAAAUAAUAAUUAGAUGGAUAGAUAGAUAGAUAAAUAGAUAGAUAGAUAGAUAGAUAGAUAGAUAGUUAG